UAGAGGAACAGAGGAAUGCCCCUUCUGUAAAGCUAGACAAUGAACAAUGAAAGCAGGACAUUAUUGCAUAAAAUGGAAGCUUGCUACAUCCUUAUUUAUCUUUGCUGUUACUGUAUUGUCUAUGCUUUUCAAUCUUUCAGUCAGAACUUACCUUAUUCAUGAAAGGAGCUACAAAACUGUAUAUACAGACUACAGAACCACUUUGAAUUCAGAUGACCUAAAAACCUUGUCAGUAAUAGAAGAUAUUAGAAAGGAUGAAGGUAUGUGGAUUGUAAACUCACAGGGGCGAUUGGGUAACCAAAUGGGGGAAUAUGCAACUUUAUUUGCUCUAGCAAAAUUAAACAGACGUCGAGCUUAUAUACUACCAGAAAUGUAUAACUAUUUGGCUCCUGUUUUCAGGAUAACAUUGCCAACACUUAAAAGGGAAGAAGCCAACAGGAUUUCCUGGACUAACUACUGGCUUCAUGAUUGGAUGGCUCCAGAAUAUGCUAAUAUAAAUGGUAAAUAUGUUCAAUUAACUGGGUACCCCUGCUCAUGGACUUUUUUUCACCAUAUCAGAGAUGAGAUCAGACAGGAGUUCCGUAUGCAUGAUCACCUAAAUGAAGAAGCUGAAAGAUAUCUUCAGAAAAUUAAAGGGGAUCGUAAAAAUACUACUUUUAUUGCUGUCCAUGUUCGGAGAGGAGACUAUGUCCGAGUUAUGCCCAAAACCUGGAAAGGAGUGAUAGCUGACAAGGCAUACUUUGAGAAGGCUAUGGCUUACUUUCGAAAUAAAUACCAGGAGCCUGUUUUUGUUGUGUCUAGCAAUGGGAUUGACUGGUGUAAAGAAAACAUUAAUGCUUCCAUGGGUGAUGUAUACUUUUCGGGUGAUGGAAGUGAAGGUUCUCCUGGGCAUGACUUUGCUAUUCUUGUCCAUUGCAAUCAUACCAUUUUAACUGUUGGGACUUUUGGUUUCUGGGUUGCUUACUUGGUUGGUGGGGAAGCUAUCUACCUCAGUAAUUUUACCCUUCCUGAGUCUGAGUUUCGCAAACUCUAUAAGGAAGAAGCUGCCAAUCUUCCUGAAUGGAUGGGUAUUAAAGCUGACCUAUCACCUCUUCUUAACCAUCACUGACCAUGAACUGCAGGUAAAACAAUUUACACUUUGUUGUAAUGCAAAAAAAUGUGUAUAUACAAACAACAUACCUCUCAAUCUCUUAGUGCAAGAAUUCUAGACAAAGCUAAAAAUAAAGUGAGAGACAAAUUUUAAAUAUUGCUUGUAUAAACUUUGAAAGUUGAUAGAAUAACAUGUUUUGCUUUAGUAUACAUUUCCUGAAGGAAACACAGUCUGAAACCCAUACAUAUGCCAUUAUUUAGUGUUUUCAAUCCUGAAUAAUUUUGUUAGAGAUUAUGAAUAUAAGGCUGAACUUAAUUCUGUUGUAAAUAUGCUAAAAGACAAAGCAUAUAAUAAAAAAUUUGCUUGAGUAUAUGUAUAGAGUUUAGCAAUGUAAAAUGGACAUUCAUAUUAUAUGUAUCUUCACAGCAUCAGAAAAAAGCCUAACAAAGCAAUACUGGAAAGCAAGUAUCACAUGCUUUUCUUAUGUUUACAGAACAGAUAUCUAAACUCAGCAAUAUGUGAUGUUUUUUCAAUAGGAACAGAACAGAUGUUUCCUUUCAUACUUCUGUUAUUC